GGCGGCGUUCACUCAGAGCAGCGAAAGAUAAACACCCAAGGUAAAAAGGAAAUUUAGGAGCUAAAGAAUAAAGAGUAACAAGUUGUUAGUGACUUUUAGCCCACGUUCCCGAAAGAUUUCCCAUUUCCAUUUCCCGCGAAUAAUCCGUUGGCAGGCGUAGAUGUGGAAGAAUUCGUUGCUUGUACGUUCCCAAGUGUACGGUGGGGGGUAGUUAUCGAGUUACGUUUCCCGCUUUCCCGUGUGUCCUUGGGUUGUGAGUGUCUGUGCUACCUCUGAACUCCCUCCGUUUGAGACCAGCCAAAAGAUGAAAAACUGCACCAACCCCAAGAAUCUGUUUUGUUUCGUGUGCGGCGAGUACACGCCUUCCCAUCACAAGCGCUCGAUCAUGACCAAGCCGCUGCUGGACGCGUAUGAGGCCUACUUCCAGGUGCGCACGGCCAAGGAAAACUAUCUGCACGGGCCUUCGUCCGUGUGCAACAAGUGCAACCAUGCGCUGCUCCGAUGGAUUAGCGGUCGGAACCGCAAACCUUCGCUCCUGUUUAGCGCACCGAUGAUCUGGACUGCGCCGAAGGACCACAAAACCGAUUGCUACUUCUGCCUGACGCGCAUGGUCCUCGCUUCUCAUAGUGGGAGUGCUUGUAAGCGCUUGUCGGUGAACUACCCGAAGAACCUCGCCACAGCAAAACGCCCAAUUUACGCGACCCACAAGGAAGCAACGGAAACGGAGGAAGGUACCGUCGAUGAGGUAGAUUCUUCCUCUUCCUCGAACGUCGAACCGUCGUUCGAAGUCACACCAGACCGGCCAACGGAGAAGCCAACAGCGCAACCGAUCAAACCGGCUUCUCCGCCGAUGACGAGGGCGACAAGGGCCUCUAUGGUUGCGGCCGUAGCCCAGCAGCGGGUCGCGGACAGUACCAAUAGGCCAAUGACUGCCAGAAAGCGAAAGACCGAUGUGGUCCUUAACAGCGAUUCUCCGGUACGGGCUACGAAGAAAGCUCGCCAAUCACUGCCUACUCCGGUCCCUUCCAAGGAGGCCGCGGGUAAACGCAAACCCACUACACGCAAGCUUGCAACCCAAGCCACGCUCAAACGGAGUAACGAACAGCAAGCGAACGGCCUCGCUGAUGGAAAAAGGACGAAGAAGGAACGGGAUUCGAUGGAACUUGAUGACGAGGAACUGCUUACCAGCGAUGAGGAUGGGGAGGAUGAGGAGGAGGAGGAUGAGGAGGUGGAGGACGAGGAGGAGGAGGAUGGAGAAACAGAAAAUCACAAGAAACAGAACAAAGUUUGCUUAGAUCCAGCUAAGAAAGCCGUUGCUGCUGAUAGUGCUUUCACUGCCGUCAACGAUGCGGCCAAAACGCCGAUCCUACAUCCGGUGCGUCCGAAAGUGGUACCGAGAAUACAGGCGAAAUCCACGACGUCGGUCACGCAGGGGGCAGCAAUCAAUCGCCCCAUCCAACUCGCUAGUGCGCGCCAAUUCAAAUCGGUAAGAACAAAGAUAUUAUCCCAGAAGAAGGUAGAGCCACCGACGCCGCAACCUCCGACAAUAGGGGACAAUAGCAGUGAGGAGACCUCUUCGGUAAAGUCGGAACCACCGGAUGGGGACAAGCUAAAGCAGUCUGCACCGUCUCCACCGCCCAACUUGAAACGCGUCAUUCUCACAAAGUCCGGUGCGAAAAUGGUGGUCGUGAAGAGUGGUACUGCGAUGCAGAGUGGUAAACUGUACCCAGUUAAGUUGCGACCGGUGAUACCAUCACCGAGCAAGUCACCGACGACACAGCACACCCCGUGGAUCAAUGUAGUCAAUAUCAAUGCACCGGUGCCAUUUUCACAUCACCAGCAACAGCAGCAACAGCUGCAAACGCCAAUACGAAAAACAACCACCACAUUGCCUUCUCCGCUUGCCCAAUCGACCCCAUUGGUCACAAAACAACCGGUCAUCGGAAGUACAUCCGCACAGCAACAGCCGCAACCGCAACAACCGAAGCAGCAGCCGGCGACAGGAGAACCAACAUGUGUAGUUCGUGCAACCGAACCCAUGGAACCGCAUCGCAUCACACAAUCCGAGCUGGUGAUGCUGUUACGCGAUCUAGAGCUGCUGCCGGAGAAAUCAGCCAUCCUUAUUGAACGUCUCAAGUGCUGGAAUCUGCUGGCCACUCAGCUCGUUGCUCCGUCAUCUCGGACGCAACCUACCGCCGUCAAGGACGACCGUCAGGAGCGUCCAGUUGCACCACCGGAACCUGUCAUUACCUUGGUGAAACCCCAGGGUGAGCGCGUGAAGCUGAUCCCGGUGAAAACCCUACCGGCUGGAGUUCGAGCCCUCCCGCUUUCGACCACUACUAGUAGCAUCGCAGGAGGCAACGUCGGUAGCGUGCAAUUUCGCCGCAUGGUCGUCCCAUCAUCCGUUGUAUCCGCCGUACCGGUACAAUCGCGAGUGAUGACUGUAGGCAAUCUCAAGGUACCGAACCAAAACGGUGCCUCCAGCGUCGUCAGCACUGCUGGCAGGUAGAAGACGAGUCGAAGCACUUGAAAGAAAAGAAUGUUAUUUUAUGUUGAAUUUCUGCAGACUUUUUAACAGUGCUGAAGACAGCAGACUAAUUUGAGCCAAUAAAAAAUUUACAUGGAAUUUGUCAACAC